AUGCUUUUCUUUAUUAUAGUAGGCAUAGUUAACCUUAGUUAUGCGUCUUCACCAUACGCACAAUUGGAUACCCUGUUUCUCAAACCAACAUCCAUCAACACUUUCAAUCCAAUCAUUAAGAAUGCCCUCAUUGAAGCUUUAGCUGAUCUACAAGCCAAAAUUUCAGUUUUAACUUUGCCGUUGAACCGAAAUGUCAUUACGUAUAAGGAACUGAGUCAUUGCACGCCACAGGCAGUUACACGUCUUUCUGCUUUAGAUUUGAUGAAUUCUAGGGACAUUGAAAUCAAUGCUGGACAUGGAAUCCCUCUUGCUCGCUUCAAUUACGCUCUCUUCUUGGAGGUGAACGGUAAAGGAUGUCAGAAGAAUCCAAAACUUCUUGCAACAGCUCGUCCAUGUGACGUAGAGGAAAAUCACAGACCUAUAUUAGGAGUCUUGAACGUAUGUUUGGGUGAUCAUUGGAAUGGCUUCAAAGCUGUGAAAGACUUGUUGCGUCACGAAAUCUUGCACUCUUUGGGAUUCGGAACGCUCGUGCCAAUUCAAGCAUUCCAAAAAGCUCCACCACCAGAGAAGUAUCUAUGGCGGCUGAAAGAUUCUUCACAAACAGCAACACGAUACUACUUGGAUUUUGCACAAAAAGCACUUCCAGUCGUACAGAAGCAUUUCGGAUGUGCAGAGAUGAAGGGAUUGGAAGCUGAUGGAAAAAGUUUGAUUCAUUUGAAUGAAUAUAUAUUUGGAAACGAACUGAUGACGCCGAAGCUUACAAACGGUCCAAACUAUUUCACGGAAAUCACAGCAAGCAUUCUGGAAGGAACGUUUAUUGGACAACAACAAUGGUAUAUGGUUAAUAGAAAAGCCAUUGCCGAAGAGAAUUCGUUGUACUGGUACGGAAGGAAAUGGGGAUGUUCGUUUGUCAACAAAAGUUGUUUUGAACACGUGCAAUCAAGUUCAAUUGGUUUUCCCUUCUGUCGUUCGAAUCAAUUAAGUGUCAACGUGUGUCACAAGCAGAGGAGAUUCCAAUCCAAAUGCUCAUGGACGUCUCUCAAUCCAUCGGAGACAGCUGAUAAUGGGAUUACGCCGACGCCAACUCUGAACGCUUACACAACCGGCUCAUCUGCUCUGUAUCGUUUCUGUCCGAUGAAUACGGAUUUGAUAUCUGAUCGGCUUUUCAUUGAUUUCAACGAAACUCUGAUUAAUUGUUAA